UGAUAAGGUAGCCCACCGUUGUUUACCUAAUCCGAAAACAGUUCAAUACCGCUACCAGAAAACGUCAGAGCUAAGCGGAGAGACACCAUAUAAGCAUAUCAUCCACCCAGUCACAUCACAAAUAGGCAUAGGGCCAGUGGGCCUGGUCUGCUCUGGUUUAAGCGGUUGGAGAUUGUUCACACAUUAACUGGCUGAACUGUAAGACCAGCCAGUGUCCUUACUGGAUCAUCAAUGUUGGCCAAAGUCCAGAUGGAGUGUGGUGGCUAUGAAAUGAAAAAGAAAAGCCCAAGAAUGCGCUGCAUUGGAUACAAUUAUUUACCAAUUAUGGGAUGCCUUAAGUCUGCAGCACUGACAGUUGCUGAGAAGUAUCAAGUUUUUCUAAUAUACAGUUUGGACAUAAAUCCUCUAAUGGAUGUCAAGCAACCAUGCUUAAGGCUCAGUAAUCUGGUGGAGAAGACAGGACGGGUGCUGGUGGAGAGGAGGCGUAGGGAGUGCUGCUGCUGUCUACAGCUGACAGCUAUCACCAUGGGGUGCCUCCUCUUAAGGCUGAUGUUGGGUCUGCUGUUCCUCCAGCUGCUUUGCCUUUCAGAGGGAAGAGAUGAGCUUUUCGCCUCCACCAAGUAUGGCAAAGUCCGAGGGGUGCAACUCCCCGUUCCAAAUGGAAAUGUACUGGGGUCAGUUGUUGCCUUCCUUGGGAUACCUUAUGCCAAACCUCCACUCAGUGAACUCCGCUUCAGACCACCACAGGAUCCCAAGCCAUGGACAGGGGUACGUGAUGCUACGCAAUUUGCCAACUCCUGUUACCAACCCGUAGAUAAUAUGUUCCCAGGGUUUUCCGGCGCAGAGAUGUGGAACCCUAACACGGCACAAAACGAGGACUGCUUGUAUUUAAAUGUGUGGGUUCCCUCACCCACGCCUCAAGAGCCAGCUCCAGUGAUGGUGUGGAUACACGGGGGUGGGUUUCAGUCUGGCACUCCCUCCCUGGACCUGUAUGACGGACGCUUCCUCAGCCACUCAGAAGGUGUGGUGGUCGUGUCCAUGAGCUACAGAGUCGGGGCCCUCGGCUUCCUGGCCCUACCGGACAGCGACAUCCGGGGGAACGCUGGGCUGUUUGACCAGAGGCAUGCUUUGCUAUGGGUGAAGGAAAACAUUGCAGCUUUUGGAGGCAAUGCCUCCUCCGUGACCCUGUUUGGAGAAAGCGCCGGGUCUGCAUCUGUGGGCUUCCACCUUCUGUCAACGGGCAGUCAUGCCCUCUUCUCCCGUGCCAUCCUCCAGGGCGGCUCACCCAACGCCGUAUGGGCAGCCUUGCCUCCCCCACAGGCCCAGAACAACUCCUUGGCCCUGGCCAAUCUGCUGAACUGUCCCAGAGACGUUCCAAUAAGUGUUACAGAGGCUUGUCUCCAGAAUGCAGAUCCCAAGGAGAUAAUAAAACACCAGUCCAGUGUUUCUACAUGCUAUUCUAUGAUAUGCGAUGCUACAGUUUCGUUGCCUUUCGCCCCCACGGUGGAUGGAAACUUUCUGACCGACAUGCCUGUGGUUCUGUUGGAGUCUGGACAGUUUCUGAAGACAGACAUCCUGCUAGGGCUGAACAAGGAUGAGGGCUCAUAUUUAGUUCUCUACGGAAGUCCAGGAUUCAGCCUUGAAGGGGAGAGCCUCAUCAGCAGAGACCAGUUCCAGCAGGGUGUGGCCAGGACGCUGCCUGAGUUCAGUGAGGUGUCCCAGCAGGCGGCCGCCUUCAUGUACACCGACUGGACGGACGAGAACGACGGACAAAAGAACAGGGAUGGCCUGAGCAGUCUGUCUGGGGAUUACUACAUCAAAUGCCCCGUACUCAAAUUCACACGCAACUAUGUGCUUCAUGGAGGCAAAGCUAGACUGUUCCUCUUUGACCACCGCUCUUCUGUGAACCCAUGGCCUCAGUGGAUGGGAGUCAUGCAUGGGUACGACAUUGAGUUUGUCUUUGGACUGCCACUUAACGCAAACCUGGGUUACACCAAAGAAGAGGUGGACAUGAGCAGAAAGUUCAUGAGACACUGGGCCAACUUUGCCAGGACUGGGGACCCGGGGACAGAGGGCUCCGCGUGGCCACUCUUCAGCACGGAGCAGCAGGAGUACCUGACCCUCAACGCAGAUGCCCCACAGACACACAGGAAGAUGAAGGCCCAGCAGUGCAAGUUCUGGGACAGUUUUCUACCCAAACUGCAGAGAUCUACAGCGGGCAUUGAUGAAGUGGAAUCCCAGUGGAAGACCCAGUUCCACCGCUGGCUCUCUUACAUGCUGGACUGGAGGAAAAUCAGCAAAGAUCAACAGUGUGAUUUCAAAAAUUAGCACUUUGGUUAGGGUUUUUUUUUUUCCACAGGUACCAGCCAGUGCACUUAAUACACUUGUUAAAGUAGAAAGACUACACACAACAUGAUAAAUAGGAGUAUUUUGAUUAUCCUAAACAUAAUUGUCAUGUUCAAUGCUAUUCUGUGUAAAAAGAACCUUUCCAGACCAGCUGUGGGUUUCUGUUUGAUAGUGUGGGGAAAUUACCAGUAAUUAGACACCACUUUAAAUGUCUACUGGGGUGGUUGUUGUCCAAUUGGCUACACUUUAAUGAAAUGUAGACAUUACAAGGAUGAUCUGUUAUUUUGGUUUUCUCUUAGCCAUGACCUCUGAGGUCAACUGCCUUAGGGAGUCUGGAGUAACAACAGCUUUCUUAUAAUCAACUUUCUUUAUCAUGACAGUUCUAUUUUACUUUCCUUGUAUGUAACCUAUCAAGAAUACCCUGCUUAGUCCUAUAAAUAAUGGUAAGACUUUGUCUAAGACAGAUUUGUUGCUCUCAUGCUUGCCUAGGAUGCUUUUGUGUUUGUAAUCUGUCUCCGGCGUCAUGAAUAAAGCUUUAUACACUACCGUA